AUGGUGCUAAAAUCAGAAGAGGAUAUAAUCAAAUAUUCUAUGACCGAGGAGGAUGUUAACUCCAACGCUCAGAUUGUCACUGCAGAAGAAGUUUCCGGGCCAAGAUGGGGACCUCAGCAUGCAGGAGCAAAGGAACUGGCCAGGCAAUACACAAAAGGCAAGCGUAUACAGGAGACCAUAGGUAUCGUGAUCAGCAUCAUCUUGAUUACCUACAACUUCAUCAUGUUGUGUUGGAAUUUCCAGCCUGAUCUGUGGUACUACAUCAUUGCAUAUGCAUUCCUUGGGAUUUUGACUGCAGAUUUUCUGAGUGGACUAGUCCAUUGGAGUGCUGAUACAUGGGGAUCAGUGGAAUUACCCAUCAUAGGAAAGGCAUUUAUCCGCCCGUUCCGGGAGCAUCACAUUGACCCCACCUCUAUCACCAGGCAUGAUUUUAUUGAGACCAAUGGGGACAACUUCUCUGUGACAAUCCCAUUGAUGGCUCUCUCAGCCUACAAGUUCCUUACAUAUAAUCCUGCAGAGAUCCGCGAGACUUAUACCUUUGAGUGCUACCUCUUUCUUCUGACUAUCUUUAUAAGUGUCACUAAUCAGUGUCACAAAUGGUCCCAUACCUACUUUGGCCUUCCACGAUGGAUCACACUUCUACAGGACCUUCACAUUGUGUUGCCACGGAAACACCACCGCAUCCACCAUGUAGCACCUCAUGAAACUUACUUCUGUAUUACCACUGGCUGGCUUAAUUUACCACUUGAGAAGAUCCGUUUCUGGAGCACAUUUGAGUAUCUUAUAGAGGCUACAACAGGUAAUAAGCCUCGGGCUGAUGACCUCAGAUGGGCCAAAAAGACGAGUUAAUGGAGGUUUUUUCAUUAUGUGGCUUAUGUUAAGUUUAACAUUUUAAAAAUUGAUUUUAUUC